UUUGCAGAUCUGGCUACUGCAGAGAAGUGUUUACACAAAAUCAAUGGAAAACCGCUUCCUGGUGCCACACCAGCAAAGCGAUUUAAACUGAACUACGCAACGUAUGGAAAACAGCCUGAUAACAGACUCUGAUCCAUAAGCCUCUUUGAAGAAAUGCAUUUUGAGGAGGGACUCAGAGGUGAGGGUCAAAGCAUGGCUCAUGGGGUCAGAAAAGGGGUUCCAGCCAUGUAACAACAGUGUGAUUAAUUCUUGCAGUCGCCCUAUGUGUCCAGAAUACUCACUCUUUGUGGGAGAUCUGACCCCAGAUGUGGAUGACGGCAUGUUAUAUGAGUUUUUUGUUAAAGUUUAUCCGUCAUGUAGAGGUGGCAAAGUUGUUUUGGACCAGACGGGAGUUUCCAAAGGUUAUGGGUUUGUGAAAUUCACGGAUGAGCUGGAACAGAAAAGAGCCCUGACAGAGUGCCAAGGAGCUGUGGGAUUGGGCUCUAAACCUGUACGCUUGAGUGUGGCCAUACCAAAAGCUAACCGUAUGAAGACAGUGGAAUACAAUCAGAUGUACAGCUAUAAUUAUAACCAGUAUUACCAACAAUAUCAGAACUACUAUGCCCAGUGGGGAUACGACCAGAACACAGGCAGUUAUAGCUACAGCUAUCCCCAGUAUGGAUACACACAGAGCACCAUGCAGACAUAUGAAGAAGUUGGUGAAGAUGCAUUGGAAGAUUUCAGUAAAGAAUUUGAUACAGUUCCAUAUGGGAAAUUAUUAAAUUGGAGAAGAUGGAGAUUACUCCAAGACUCAAAAGAUCCAAUGCCUCAGAUGGACGUAAGUGAAGCAAACAAACAGUUUAUGGAACAGAGUGAAGAGCUCUAUGAUGCCUUGAUGGACUGUCACUGGCAGCCUUUGGACACUGUCUCUUCAGAGAUUCCAGCCAUGUUGUAGCCUCAUUGCUGAGGCUCUGUCUCCACGCGUCAAACCAGCAGGCACCAGACUCCUGUGCUGCACCUGGAACCUGCGGUAGUGAAGGGUUGGCCCCCCUUUCACUCGGGUCUGACUCAAAGUAAAGGAAGACUGUGGCAUUUCCUGUACACAAUGAGUCUUGGAGGAGCAUCAUGGUAGCUUUUAUUCAUGGUGAAAAUUAGAACUGCAACAGUUUUAUUCCUUUUGUCUUGAAAUGAACUCUUAAUACUUCUUGGGGAAUUGUAAUUUAUAAACUUUAAACAAGAUGUCACAGGGGAAAGGCACUUCCCCAAUGUACAAUAAAAAAAUUGGUCUUUUAAGUAAAAUUAUUCUUUGCAUUUUGGU